CUGAAUGCAUUAGUCUAAUGAGAUGUUUGCAGCCGGAGAGCAGGGCUGCUGGAGACGAACUGUGAGCUACUAACACACGGGUGGAAGAUUAGCUUUUGUAAUACUCGGUUUGCAUGUACCGAAAGUCAUCUGUCUUCUGAGUCAACAUUCCCGGCCUGGUAAAGAACCUGAUCAGGGCUCUGGUGAACAAGCCAUAGCACCUCUUCUGCCUGUGAGCGAUUUGUCACUUCCUUCUGUAAGACUGGCACCAGCAGACAUGCAGUCUCAGAGGAUCCCGGGGAGAAAGCGAGGCCGACCCCCACUGCACUCAACACCUAUGAAGAUGGCAGUGCAUAACCUUUAUUCUGCUUCAGCUGGUUCUUUGCCAGCAGCGAAGAUCCCAAAGAAAAGAGGGCGGAAGCCUGGGUACAAGCUCAAGUCUCGGGUUCUUAUGACUCCUUUAGCCCUCUCACCUCCGCGGAGCACACCGGAGCCCGACCUCAGCUCCAUCCCUCAGGAUGCAGCCACCAUACCCAGCUUGGCCGCCCCACAGGCUCUCACAGUCUGCCUCUACAUCAACAAGCAAGCCAACGCAGGGCCAUACCUGGAGAGGAGGAAGGUGCAGCAGCUCCCUGAGCACUUCGGGCCCGAGAGGCCGUCGGCAGUCUUGCAGCAGGCCGUGCAAGCGUGCAUUGACUGUGCCCACCAGCAGAAGCUUGUCUUCUCCCUGGUCAAACAAGGCUAUGGUGGUGAGAUGGUAUCAGUGUCGGCAUCCUUCGAUGGGAAACAGCACCUGCGGAGCCUGCCUGUGGUAAACAGCAUCGGGUACGUCCUCCGUUUCCUCGCCAAGCUGUGCCGAAGCCUUCUGUGUGAUGACCUCUUCAGCCACCAGCCCUUCCCCAGGGGCUCCAGUGGCUCUGAGGAAACCCAGGAGAAGAAGGAAGGCAGGAUGGAGUCAGCAAAAACAGUCACCACUGAGGAGUGCCUGGCGAACCCUGCGGGCAUGAACCGCUACAGCAUGGACCCCUCCGCCUCCACCUUUAGCCACAGGGGCUCCUUGCCCACCUCUUCCUCGCUGUACUGCAAGAGACAGAACUCUGGAGAUGGCCACCUUGGGGGAGUAUUGGCCACCACUGCCAGUGGUCCCCGCUCCAGCCCCAUGUCCUCUGGAGGCCCCUUGACACCUGGGCUGAGGCCCCCAGGCUCCAGCCCCAAGAGAAACGGGACCCCUCUUGAAGGAAACAGAUGUGCCUCAAGCCCUUCCCCAGACGGACAGGAUGCCAGGCGGCCCCGGAGCAGGAACCCCUCUACCUGGACUGUGGAGGAUGUGGUCUGGUUCGUGAAAGACGCUGACCCGCAGGCUCUGGGGCCUCACGUGGAACUCUUCAGAAAGCACGAGAUUGAUGGCAAUGCUCUCUUGUUGCUGAAGAGUGAUAUGAUCAUGAAAUACUUGGGUCUGAAGCUGGGCCCCGCGCUGAAACUGUGCUACCAUAUUGAUAAACUGAAGCAAGCCAAAUUCUGAAGGUUUUUAAAAGAUAGAAGCAAUGUCCGGACAACAGAUCUCAAGAUCAUCUCCUGCCUUACCAACAUCCAGCCACCAUCAUAAAAUGGAUUCUCUUCUUAAAAUUAACAGCCACAAAGACUUGGCCUUUAAAAAAAAAAAAAAUGUGCAUCUCUGCCUUUAAAAACAAAAAAUUCAACAUGACCCUUUUGAAAGGCUCCUCUGUGUUAAUGAUUUGCCAAAAAUUAUGGAAAAGCCUGUUAUUUUAACGUUCCUGAUAGGCUGGUUGCUCUUAGAGUGGGUCCUAUUUUUAUGAUGAGAGAGCAGGGAACUGAAUGCUAUUGCCCAAGAAGAACCCUGAAGCGUUCUCACAAAGAUGUGAGAAGAAAGACCUCUGUCUCCACCACAGCACCACCUGUCUUUAACUCUGCCCUGGGGACCUAUCAUUGUGAGCCUUGCUGAAUUCAGCUCUGGAAGCUGUCUUAUGAGGGGAAAAUGCCUCACUUUGCACUAUCUGGAAAACUUGAAUUCUUUUGCCCUCUGACAGAGAAGAAAAAAGUCUUUUCUAUUCCUAGUUAUUUGAAAUACUGUGUUGUCCCACUAGAGGGCAGACUGUUAAUGAAGUUUCAGGACCCUCACUGCAGUAGCCUGCUGAUCCGGUACUCCGUGGAUGGGUUAGGGUCUCUGUGAACAAGAUCUAGCCUACACAGACACGGGGAAUUUCUUCCACAGUCAGCACCACAGAUUGCAACUUGGGAAGAAACCGUCUCUUAGAGCAUUCUAGUUCAUACCCAGUCAUUAUUGAUGGACUGAGAUGCACAACCAGCAAAGGCAAAAAUCUGGAAGUAUGUUCUUCCCAGAUGGGGCUUUGGAGUCCCUUCCUUUUCAGAGUCCUUACUGAGGUGUUGAUGUGUUGGCACGCCGAAGAGUCUUAGUGACAUUUAGCCAUGGGUGUUUCUUUAAAAAAGAAGAAGAAAAAUGUCUCAGAUAAGCUUUGAAAUGGAAGAGUGCUGAUUUCUAGUUACAUUGCUGGAUUACGUAGUUGUAUCGCUAGCUAAUUUUUCUAGUUCUCAACAAAUACGCAGACAUGCUAUUAUUGGGUUUAAUUCAAUUUACAAAUAGGUUUUCUCCUUCCUCACCGUGAAGUAGUAGAAAAAAAAAUUGAUUUUUUACCCCUUUGCAGCUGUGUCCAAGGAAGGACGAUGAAACCACAAUUGAAUAGGCAGGAAGGUGACCUCAUCUCCAUUCCUUUUAUUCUUCUCCUUUCUUUCUGUCCCUCUUUCUUUUAUUCUUCCUUCCUCACUGAACAGGAAGCGUAUCUUCAAACUGAAUUCACCUUCGCCAUGGGCAUAUCCUCUUAAAACAUCUAUAGCGUUGGAGGUGAGGAGAUGAAUGCUAGACUUUGCAAUCUCUGGGAGGGAGAGGAUCAAGGAAAACUCAGGGCCUCCCAUGGCCAAAAUGCAAGUUAGGGAAAGCAUACCUUCCUCUGGGAUGCAGCCGGCAGAGCAGAGCAGGGGUCUCACCUGAUGGCUGGAGCAGGGUGGGAUUUCAGCCCCUCAUCCUUCAACCAGGUGCCCUGGUGCAGGACAGGGGCUGUACGACCUUGAGGGCAGCCAGGGUACAUCUGAAUGCUGAUCUUCUCUUCGAUCAGGUAGAACUUAGAUGAAGAUCCUAAGGAAGAUUCCAUGCCAUGCCGUUAGACCCAUUUUGAUGAGCGAUAAUCGAGAAAGCACAUCAUAGCAAAAUCCUUUCUUAGACACACACCUGGUGGCUGGACUGAAAGCAUGGCAGAGAAGGGGAGGAGGAGACCGUCCUAAACCUGGCCCCUGAAUUGAGCUGGAGUCAUCAGGUUGUGGGAGAGCUUCAUGUCUGCUGCUUUCAGCACCUGACAAAGCUACCCCGGUGUCAUCAGGCCUUGGGACAGAGUCUUCCAACAUUUUAGAUAAAAUGACUCUGUCCCUCAGAGUUUAAGUGCUCAUGGCUGGUCUGAAGCUAGAUAAGUUCCCUCAAAAGCCAACGUGAAAAUGGUGAGGCCCAGAAAACCCCACCACAACUCACCCACCCUUUCUGCAUCCGUGGGUUUCCACUCACAUUCCUCUCUCAGACCUGUCGCGCCUCUUCUGCCAACACAUACCUUGUUGGAAGACUUUCAAAGCUUCCUACCCACCCUCACCAGUGCCUCCCUCACUACAAAAGCAGGAGCAUUGGUGCCCCCAAAUUAAAAUCAUCCCCAAACAAUGUCAAAGAGAUACUGUGAGUAGUUUUCGGGGGAGAGAGAUUUUCUCCUCUCAAGCCUAGGAGAAAACUGGAUCCAUGUUCACGUGUAACUGCUCUCACGGAGGUGCGAUCUCAUUUUGCAUUAAACUUUAAGCAGGACAGAUUGCUGAAGCCAUGAUAUUUAAGGUUUGACUUUUUAAAAAUCUCAUUACUCUUAAAAUGAAUGCUGCCAUAUCAGAAAAUAACCCAGGGAGGAAAUUCCUCCUUGCCUGUUUUUGCACUGAAAUGCAAUUAGCCAACCAAAUUAUUGUAGCAAUACUGCAAUUAUAAUUAAUUUUCACCCCUUUCAAAAAUCUUGUCAGACCAGGCAGCUAAAUAGCUCAGCAAAUGUAAAACAUGCCAGGCCAUUUCCUCUAAAUGGACCUUAAAGAGUCAGGCCAUGUGUGUCAUUCUCGUCCAAACGCGAGCUUAUUUUGGGAACCUCACACUUGUUAUUCCAUGGCAGUAGCUUUGCUUCAGGUUGCGGUGAAUAAUGAUAUAGUUUUGCAUAAUUCCAAAUUAGAGUGGGUGAGUGUGUGUGUGCAUGUCCAGACAUUUCCAAUCACCUGUGUCAAACAUUUUUUUUUUUUAAUCUAAAGACAAUUCUGUUGCCUAAAUCAUUUUAAGUAUUUUAUAAGUGCAUGAUUCCCUUUGUGAAGACUUCAGGUAAAAAGAUGUAGGGUGUGUGUGUGUGUGUGUGUGUGUUAGUUCUAACAGUAGUUGGAAGAGCCUAGAAGAGGCCGAGAGCGGAUCAGUUUUACAGUUGCUUGGUUUAGAAUGCCUCCCAGCUGCAACUUGGAGCAGAACUCACUCUAGGCUGUUAUGACCAACUAUCCCCUCUGCUGCCGCGCCCUGGAGGCAGUUGGGGGACGGUUCUGGGGUUCUGGGCCUGCAUCCCUCAGGCUGGCUGGAUGGGUCAAGCCAGUCCAGGGCCCCUGUGACUGAGGCAGAGACCUAGCCAGGCAGCCCGUGGGGCAGGGAACAGACGUCUUGAGCGCCUUGUUUAGAAUGCCCACCAGAGCGUUCACCGGGCUCCCAUCAUUUCUCUUCAGUGGAGCUGCUGGGGUUUUUUCCUUUCAUCAGGAAAAAGGAAUGAAGAACUCCUCAGGAGAACCAAAUGGAAGGAAUCCUGAGCGAAGGUUGGUUUACUUGAGGAGGAAACCAGUGAGAGAGGGAAGAUACAAUUAUAAAUUUCAUAGGAAAACAAUAAAAGAGGACCUCUUCUAACAGCCUCAACCCUUGAAGCAGCAAUAACCUAUUUUUGUAUUUAUGUGCUGUAUGGAAUUUUUUUUUAAUUAAAAUCAUUUUUUAAAUUAUUUUUUGAGAUAAUGCUUUAGGAGAAUUUUGUCGUAACUCUGAAGAUAAUUGGAAACUCCCAGCAGUGACCAAGGACUUGAAUUUAGUCAUUGGCAGAAAGUCGGGAAAGAUGGAAAUAUUCUCCUUGAUGUCUCCAUAGUCAGGUUUUCAUACAUGUGAGCAGGAGGCGUUCUGAUCUCUCUCUGUCUGGGAAGGUGACAGUCGAAUCCUCUCCCUGGUAAAGUUCCUGUCCUUAACCGUGCCCUGCAUGAAAAAGCCAGAAACCAAAGGCACAAAUAGGUCAUCUCCCUGUCUCGGUAAGAGAAAAAUAGGGCUGACCGCAUUGCCUUUUCCCUAACUGGAUGGUCUUCCUCCCUUCUAAAGAUUGCAAAGGGUGUGUGUAUGCACAUUCAUGCGUGUAUUUAUGAUUAGGUUUGGGAAUUUGAGAUAAAGUUCAUCCAGUGAAAGUUUAUGCAUCAACUGCUUGUGCCAAGGCCCGUGUGCAAGGAGGAUCUGGUACAUGUAUUGCAGACACUCCAGCUACUCGAAAAUUCAUUGUGCUUUCACUUUUUGUGGACGUAAUGGAAUUCUGGAACAUUACUUCAUUUCCAGGCUUUAUUUAGAAGUGCUUGGAGAGUGUGGAGUUUUGAGCCUAGGAAAUGGUGUCAUUUUAGGGGCUAGCUUUUUUUUUUAUUAUUAUUAUUCCAAUGGAUCUAAUUUUGCAGACCAGAAAUCAAUGAAUAGAACCUGUUGUAAUGGGGAACAGCAUUUCCAUUGGAGAGGAAGAGCAGUAAACUCUGUCACCUGGGGAAAGAGCCUCUCCUUAAUUUUUGUUCUUUGUAAGCAUGAUGCAAUCAGUGUUUCCUAAUAUCGGGACAACCCUCUCACUUCGAAGUGUUUCUAUGUAAUUGUGUCACAUAAUGAUAAAUUGUAAUAGGCAAUUUGGUUCUGUAAUUCAGUUUGCCAAGCAUGCAAACAUACGAUAACUAGGUUAAAUGCAAAUAAGCAUUACACUAAGGUACAAAAAACAGGGGAGAAAAAAGAUGCUGUGUCCGUAACUUAGAAAGAACAUGAAUUUUAUUCCUCAUGUGCCUCAAAAUGUAGUUUGUUAAAGUUAUUUAUCCUCUCAUUUAAUUUCAUCACUUACUGUUUAUACUAUAAUUAUCUGUGUAUGAACAUACAUGUAUUCUUACUGCAUACAGUGACAGAUCUCACAUGUGCAAUAAGUAGGCUCCAAACAAGCAUGUUGUCAGAGUGAGUUGAUGUGCUCAUUUUUUACGGUAAUAGACGCUUAUAUAUAAGACACCAUAUCAAAAUGUGCUUUUAAUUUUUCAAAGCCUUUUUGUUAUUGUACAUAAGCUUUUUUCCUUUGGGCCAAUUUUUUCAUUAUUUAGAGAUCUAUUUUUAAUAUAUUCCUUUGAAUAGUGACUGGUAGGUACAGUAGAGUCAGAUAUGUAGUUUCAUUAAAUAAACACUACUGGCCUUAAUGAUUUUAAUAUUUUGGGGUGCUUUUUUCAUUUUUGAUGCAGUAUUCUUUUUUUCUAGUACAGUGUAUUGUGGGCCUGGGAGUGAUUCAGUAAAAUUUCUAAAUCUUAAGAUUCCAAGACAAUGCAGUAUUUUCUGUUCAUGCUGUAAAAAGUAUUUCUGUAUUUUAAUAAAGAAUGGAAUUUAUGUGAGACCGUA